AUGCUUGAAUUUAGCACUAAACAUGCAAUUUCUCUUGAAAUUCCUUUGCAAUCUGUAUCAAAGAAAAGAUUACGAAAAGAGCCACCUCAACUCAAAGAUUUUGUUUGUAUGUCAACAACUAGUGCUAGCGAUGAUCAUACUGCAGAUAUUGUAGAAACUAAAAAAAACUAUUGGAAAAAGAAAGCUUAUUACUGUAUAUUAGAUAGGUACAAUGAUAAAUAUUUUAAAAACAAGAUUUUCUGA